AUGGACGCUGAAAAGUUGAAGCUCAUGCUUCAACCCGACUACGUCCAUCCUGAAUUAGCCGAGAUCCUACGUACCGGCGCGCCUGUCGGCAGCCUGGACGAGUCUACUGAUAUCCACGAGCUCAGGAAACUGCUGUUGCAACGAAAACUUGAGGCAGCCAAGAACGCGGACCAAAAUCUGAGCUCGAAGGAAACUGAUGUACAGAUCCCCACCAGAGAUGGCAGCCAGAUCACCCUUCGGAUUUACCAACCUCUGGAGAAGACUAAUGCCAGAGCGCCCGUGCUCGUCAUGCUCCAUGGCGGCGGUUGGGUUCUAGGAGGACUGGAGAACGAGCAGCCUCUUUGCCAGAAAUGGGUGGACGAGUUCAAGGGCGUUGCAAUCAACGUCGAGUACCGACUGGCACCGGAGUCCAAAUUUCCCGUACCGAUAUACGACUGUCAUGAUGCAGUUAUAUGGGCGAGGUCACACGCAUCAGACUACGGUGGCGACCUCACGGCUGGCUUCAUCGUAGCAGGCAUAUCGGCUGGCGCCAGCAUGGCCGCCACUGUCUCGCACUUGGACCGUGACGACAAGAACAGUCCUCCGCUGACUGGCGUGUAUCUGUCCAUCCCAUCAUUGAUGGCACCAGAGGCGGUCCCAGAGAAAUACAAGUCCAAGUACCUGAGCCGAGAGCAACACAAGGAUGGUCUCAUCAUCAAUCAGAAGGCAAUGAAGCUGUUCCGCGACAACUAUCAAGAUGACCCAAGGUCCCCUUUGAUGUCGCCCAUCAUCUGGCCUUCCGGGCACAAUAAUCUGCCACGCACGUAUUUCCAAAUUGCAGGAUCAGAUCCCCUUAGGGACGAGGGCUUGAUCUAUGAGCAGAUCCUCAGAGAAGACUGCGGCAUCGAUACAAAGGUGGACUUGUAUCCGGGGCUGCCGCAUGGCUUUUGGAGUUGGUUCACAUCGGCUCAAUUUAGUCGGGAGCACUUCAAGAAUGCUGUUGAGGGCUUGAGGUGGCUGCUGGGCAAGUCAUGA